GACGCUGUCCAUCUUCGUCGUUCCCGAUGACUACCGCAGUGCCCAAGCUGGUUUAUUAUGAUCCGAUGAUUAUAAGAUGAGUAGUUCGACGCCUCCAAACCUGAAACAGUCCUUCCUGCAGCUCUGAGCUAUGGAUACCUCUUCGGUCAAUUGAACUAUCUGCGAAACGCUGGGCGUCGCGGAGAAGCGAACACAAGAUUGGAUAUAUCGCUGCGACGUGCAUCAGAAACCCGAUAACAGGCCUCGAGAUUGGAGUUGCGCGGCGGCCUGGACUGUUCUAGGAAGUUUGGGAUGCGUGUUGUAGCUAAGUGAACGUGCAUUAAGUGACUUACCUUCAUAGAAGUCGUCUAGCAUGGCAUCGAAACUACAACACGGGAUGUAUCCCAUGACAUUCAUGCCCUUUCAAGGCACGGCAGCUGCUGGGAAGCCUGAUGCCUGCAUCCAUUUUGGUAGCGCAUUUAUCUCACCUCAGGCCUCGUGCUCUUGACGGUCGCGGAACAUUUACCGGAAGUUUUACCUGGACAUCGCACUCUUCUACUUUUUCCGCAUCGCAACUUGCUACCACGAUGAAGCUUACCUUUGCUUUCGUUGCUCUCGCCUGCGUCUUGUUUGAGGUCGCCGCCGCCAUGCCGGCCUUACCCCGGGCCCAGGAUAGGCCAUUGUACAUCGGCGAUACUGCAGACCUUGAGGCACGCGGUAUAGAUUCUCCUCAGUUCCUUGUCGCACAUGGCGCUGACCUUCCGACUACCACUGACCUAGAACCCGUCAUCGGCUGGGCCACUGGCACCAACGGAGGCCUCGAGAAGCGCGGUAUAAGUUACGUUCAUGAAAAUGACUCCUCUCCCGUAGUAGCUAACGUGUGAUGAUUCUACUUAUCAGUACAACGCCGCGGCGGCUACGGUGGAUAUUCUCCUUUCGAUAAAGAAUUGGAAGGCUUUGAGGAUUGAACAUCCAUAAUGUCCGCCUUGGUACUAUUCGGAGUCGACGGUCUGCGCUCAAAUACCAUAUGGGUGAAUGUCGGCAAGCUGACUCUCCCGGGCCGGUCUCUGUUGAUUGUACUUCUGCGUAUUCGGUUUCAUGGCUGUAUGCACUGUGCUCGGCUUCUCUCUUGUCUCUGUUGUAGUUCUUCGCACCAAUUGGACUUGACGCUUGCCAGUGA